AUGUCUGCAGAGGACAUGUCCGCUGAAUCCCCACCCCCCGCAACACCAAUGCAGCGCCAAACGAGCUUACCAGUCCUUGAAGCUCUGCUUCUGGGGCUGUCAACCCAGAACGAUAAUAGCGCCACCCGUGCAAUUGCUUUCUUCGACCCAGCAACCAGAAACCUCUUGAUCUUCCGAGGACCCUGGGAUUUUGAUUCACUGAUUGAGGCCAAGUCAGGGCCUUUACCAGCCUCAAAGACCUCCGUGGCUGCCAUGCCGAGAAUUAUGGUCACAGGGGAAGAGAGGGGUCAAGAAUGUGCUGUGUGCUUGGAGGAAUUCAGGGUGGGUGGUGAAACGAGGGAGAUGCCCUGCAAGCACCGUUUCCACUCGGGUUGUAUCGAGAAGUGGCUUGGGAUACACGGGACGUGUCCGGUUUGCCGGUUCUUGAUGCCUGUGGAGGAGCAGGGGAACGAAAAGAGUCCCGAGAGCCAGCAGGCUGUCUGGUUGACUCUGGUGAUCAGCAGCGGUGAUGGGCCUGGUUCUGAUACCAGCUCGGGUCAUAUAGCUGCUGCACAGGGUGCUCGAGAUGGUUCAUCGAGCCAAGAUGUAUAA